GCAGCAGUCAGGCCGGGACUGAGGGAGCCUGUAGGGUGGUUGCCUUCCCGCUCCCGGACGCACUGUUAGACGAAAGUCCCUGGCAUAAAGUUUGAGUGAGGCAGCUCCUUUACAUGAGUGGACACCCUUGAGGGCUGCUGCGGGUGACACAUCAGCCAUUGACCCAGGCAUGGACCCUUGAUUAGGACAGAAAGAAUGUCAAGUCGUCGUAUCACUCCGCCAUGUGACAGGCGGCAGCUUCCAUGGGGCAUGAGUGGCGUGGGCUCACCCACCGGUGAACUGCGGCCAAUGCGAUUACCAUUUCUUGAAGCUGACCCGCGGCUUCAAUCGAUGUGCGGAGGCUCGAUGCAGCAGCCUGUUCGACGGAGCGGUCCUCGGGCCAGACUGCUGCUGCCGCCGCCGCCGCCACAGCCGCCGCCGCCUCUGCCGCCGCCCGCCCCGCUCCACCUGCCCGCGCAGUCGGCCCUUGACGCUGUCGGGCCCACAGCAGCCGUUCUGAGCGGAGAUCGAUCGCGGACGAAAGACGGGCUAACACCUGGAAGGCAGCCCUUGCUUACAAUGUAUAGACCAAAAGUAAGCCUUAAAGACCGGCAACAACUUUACAAACUUAUUAUUAGUCAGCUGUUAUAUGAUGGUUAUAUCAACAUCGCUAAUGGUCUGAUAAAUGAAGUAAAGCCACAGUCUGUCUGUGCACCCUCUGAGCAACUGUUGCAUCUUAUUAAACUAGGAAUGGAAAAUGAUGAUAGUGCAGUUCAGUAUGCAAUUGGACGCUCUGAUACAGUAGCUCCUGGAACAGGAAUUGACUUGGAGUUCGAUGCAGAUGUACAGACUAUGUCCCCAGAAGCAUCUGAAUAUGAGACAUGUUAUGUCACAUCUCACAAAGGACCAUGUCGUGUAGCUACAUAUAGCAGAGAUGGGCAGUUAAUUGCUACAGGAUCAGCAGAUGCGUCAAUAAAAAUACUUGAUACCGAGAGAAUGUUGGCAAAAAGUGCUAUGCCUAUUGAGGUUAUGAUGAAUGAAACAGCUCAGCAGAACAUGGAGAACCAUCCCGUUAUUAGGACUCUUUACGAUCAUGUGGAUGAGGUGACAUGUUUAGCUUUUCAUCCAACUGAACAAAUCCUUGCAUCUGGAUCAAGAGACUACACACUUAAAUUAUUUGACUACUCAAAACCAUCUGCCAAGAGAGCUUUCAAAUAUAUUCAGGAAGCAGAAAUGCUGCGCUCUAUAUCUUUCCACCCUUCUGGAGAUUUCAUACUUGUUGGGACACAGCAUCCUACCCUGCGGCUAUAUGACGUUAAUACUUUCCAGUGCUUUGUAUCUUGCAAUCCUCAAGAUCAACAUACAGAUGCUAUAUGCUCAGUUAAUUACAAUGCAAGUGCUAACAUGUAUGUAACAGGCAGCAAAGAUGGAUGCAUCAAAUUAUGGGAUGGCGUUUCAAAUCGCUGUAUCACUACUUUUGAGAAGGCACAUGAUGGUGCUGAAGUCUGUUCUGCCAUUUUCUCUAAGAACUCCAAGUACAUUCUUUCAAGUGGAAAGGAUUCUGUGGCUAAACUAUGGGAGAUAUCAACAGGAAGGACAUUAGUCAAAUAUACAGGAGCUGGCCUGAGUGGACGCCAAGUUCAUAGGACACAGGCUGUUUUUAAUCACACAGAAGACUAUGUGCUACUUCCAGAUGAAAGGACCAUUAGCCUUUGCUGCUGGGAUUCACGAACAGCAGAGCGAAGAAAUCUUCUUUCCUUGGGCCAUAAUAGCAUAGUUCGCUGUAUUGUCCAUUCUCCUACAAAUCCUGGGUUUAUGACUUGCAGUGAUGACUAUAGAGCUCGAUUUUGGUACCGAAGGUCAACUACAGAUUAAAACUGCAAUUCUGAAAUACGUGCCCAAAUUUUAUUCCAUUUUCUUUUACAAAUAAGUCUGUUUUUAUUACGAUUAAUUUAAGAAGUUUGAAACUGAAUCAUCUGUAGGAAAAAAACAAGCCUACCUUAAUGGUAUUUUUAAAGUUGUGGUCAUAUAUUAAAAAAAACCUGAAGCUUAAUUUUUCUUUCUUAAGUGUACAAGUAUGCCCAUUUUUACUACUUAAAGUUGGUCUUUUGUUUUUGUGCUUUUAACAAAAUGUUUAAUAUUCUUGAUUUCCUUUGAUAUACAAGUAAUUGCCUAGUUCUGACUUGUAAUUUUGUACCAUGCUUUAAUGCUUUGUUAAUUAUUAUUUAGACAAUUUACACCUGGUAGCCUACAGUUCUCUUAUUAAAAUUGAUUCUUACA